GGGAGUCGCUGCUGAAUUAAGUAGCUAUUUUGUUCCAGUGAGCAGAAAUGGAAACAUUGUAGCAACCGGCGCGGCGUCAGCGGGAGGCGGACCCGGUCCAGGUACCGGCAGUAAAUGCCAAGUGUGGCCUUUUGUGUGAGGCCGAGCUGGACAUGUCACGCGUCUCAUCGUCCGCGACCAAGCGAAUCGGGAGCUACUCAAGCAGCACGUUCACCAGUCCCCACUAUGUCUCCUCAUACCAUGGCUACAACCCCAGUCUGGGCAGUGCCUAUACAGACAAGGACAAACUCAUCUACAAGCCAGUGUACACCAGCUGCGUCCCCCGCAUCAACUCUGGGAGGGCAGCAAACAAAUAUGCUCUGGAGGUCGAUCGGGGUCGGCAACUGCCUCGCCCUGAGGUUUUCAGCAGGCGCAGCGAGAGCUUGAGCCGGGCCCCCUUCAAGGCCUCUCCCAGCAGCUUAAGUGGUGGAUACUCCACCAAUUACAGCAUAGGGAGCAGCCAUUCCACGUACACCUCACCUGGAUGGCCCCUGAGUCGCAGAAAGUCCAUCAGCCAGACAGACUUGAACCGGGACCUGCUGAACCUCCACAUGGUGGACACCUACCAGAUAAACACUGUGAAGAGCCCCACACUCUCUCGGCAUGAGGUGGACUUGCACCAGGGGUCCCGCAGGAGUGAUAUUGCAGACCCUUACUACACCAAGGGAUCUGGUGCUUAUGCCCUGCCCCGCAGCAUGACGCAGGAGACCAUAACUGCUUCCUUCAAGAGCACGGACCGCUUCAACGCAGCGUGGGAGAGGAGCGGGAGCAGCAGCAGUUGUGGGUCGCCCGUCCGAGAGACACCAAAUUCUAAAACCAGCCAGGGACUUGUGGGACUUCGGAAUCUGGGCAACACUUGCUUCAUGAACUCCAUCCUGCAGUGCCUGAGCAACACUCGGGACCUACGAGACUACUGUGUCCAAAACAUCUACCGGCGAGAACUCAACAGCCAGAGUCGUACCAACGCAGCACUCAUGGAAGAAUUUGCAAGGCUGCUUCAGGCUCUUUGGACAUCCCCCAACAAUGACCCCAUCAGUCCUUCUGAAUUCAAAGCACAGAUACAGAAAUAUGCCCCGCGAUUUGUGGGUUAUAACCAACAGGAUGCGCAGGAAUUUCUCCGUUUCUUGUUGGAUGGCCUUCACAAUGAAGUGAACCGAGUGUUGGUGCGGUCCAAAGCUGUGAUGGAAGAUUUGGAUCAUUUGAAUGAUGAUGAGAAAAGCAGAAGAAUGUGGAAGAAAUACCUUGAGAGAGAAGACAGUAGGAUUGUAGAUCUCUUCGUGGGUCAGUUAAAAAGCUCCCUAACUUGCAGUGAGUGCGGCUACUGCUCCACAGCCUUUGACCCUUUCUGGGACCUGUCACUACCUAUCUCAAAGAAAGGCUAUGGUGAAGUUUCCUUGAUAGAUUGUAUACAAAUGUUCACCAAAGAAGAUGUUCUGGAUGGAGAUGAAAAACCGACCUGUUAUAGAUGCAAAGUCCGAAGAAAAUGUACCAAGAAGUUCACAAUUCAGAAAUCCCCAAAGAUCCUUGUACUUCAUUUGAAGCGAUUUUCUGAAGCACGGAUUCGUACUAAUAAACUUUCUACCUUUGUAAAUUUUCCACUGAAGGAUCUUGACCUUCGAGAGUUUAGUUCUGAUAGCAAUGUUCAUGCCGUUUACAAUCUCUAUGCUGUGUCCAAUCAUUCGGGCACCACCUUGAGUGGCCACUAUACUGCAUACUGCAAAAACCCGCAGUCUGGAGAAUGGUACAACUUCAAUGACACCAGGGUGACUCCAAUAUCUUCAAGCCAGUUAAGAACAAGUGAUGCCUAUGUUUUAUUCUAUGAACUCGCCUGUCCUUCUUCUCGGAUAUAACAGUCUUUGGACACGAAAGAACAAGGAAAGCAAAGCAGCUUUUAAGAAACAAAAACUGUCUUACACCAAUGGCAAUAUUUUUAAGUGAUCUCUUCUGUCAUUGAUAUCAUAAACAAUACAAAAUCCCUGCCUACUGUAGUGAAGCUAUGUCAUUGAGAUGCUGAACCAUUCAACAUCCAGAUGGAUUGCACCUGGAGUGAGAGGGGAAAAUGGGUGGAGGUGGGGAUGAUUGUUGGCAGAAGGCUACACAAAGGGCUGUUUCUGAAACUAGGCAACCACCCUGCUGCCAUUGACAGUUUUUUUUUCAAAGUACACACCAGCAUCUGAUGCAGAGCAACUCAAGCUCUGAUCAACAACAUACUGAUGAAAUGCCAUUCACAGCAGUGAGCUACUGGAGCUGCUGAUUCUGUACCAGCAUUUCUUCUCUCUGUACUGUCUUGGGGUAUGUUUAUUUUCAGAGGCAAAAGUUUUCUUUCAAGUCUUCUGGAACAUUAAAACCAUGAAUUGUUACAGGGAGGGAUAAAGACAGUUUGUUGGUAUACAAAACCUCCGAGUUGCAAGCAAGAAAAUUGGGCUCAGGAGAAUAUUUAAGUUUAUUUAUGUUUUAUUUUUGGUUCUGUUGCAGUGACUUGCCUGUGACACGUUGGUUAGACCCAUCAUCAUCUGGAGGGCAAGUGUUCCCAGGUGCACAAUCUGCUUUCUCAGACUGGGAACUUUAUCCCCUCCUACUGUUUCUGUCAUUCAUGCACUUUUUUUAAAAAAAGAAAAAAAUUUUCACACUUCAUAAAAUACCAUUUCAGAUUUAAUUUACAAUAACCCAUCUCUUAACUAAGUUUAGGUGUUAACUAAAGAGAGGUGCACUAUUUAUGUGGACUGACAGGAGUAACAUUUAUUUGUCUGCAUUAAUUAUUUAUAUCUCCAAAUCCAGCAGGGAGUUUUCUCUGAUCCCAUUUGGAGCUGAUCUAUCACACAGAGUUUGAUUGUGGUUAAGGAAGAUCUAGCCUCUUCAUGGUAGGGAAUCUGAUGUCUUUGUCCUUUCAAACAAGGAUUCAAAGUUUCUGGUUAGAAAAUUGGCACCAAGACAACCAACUGCCUUAUGGGAUAAAUGGUUCUAGCUUUGUUUAUUCCUUCCCAAUGAGAAGCUUGUCCACCAGAACUUUGAGUAGAUGGUCACCAAAAUUCAGGCAGUUUUUCUUAGCUUAUCUCACGUCCAUUACAGGAAUCAUUCUGUAGUGACCUUCUCUCUUGUCUUUUGGCAGCCUCCUCCUUCUCUCUCCUUAUUCCCCAAUUACCCAGCCAACUUUCUCCUAAAAAGAAUAUGCAGCACAUUCAAAACAUGGAUUGCAUGUUUGUUCUCCAUAACUUACUCACUCUUCCCCUCUUCAGUUCCUUAAUAUACAUCUCAGUUCAGGAAAUUUAACUAACUCAAUUUAAUUGCAGACCAGUACUGGAUUCCUUUCAGGAUUUUAACUAGUGUAUGUCAAGACUUCUUACCACUGAUGCAUUGCAUACCUUCAAUUCCUGUUUUAUCAAACUACUGACAACAGAUGUUCUAUCAGGACAUUUUAGCUGGAUUUAAAUGUUUCAUUCUUAACAGAUUUACUUUGGUUUUGACUCCGCUUCCAAUUUUAGUGGUGAAUAUGUUCAUUUGAUCUGUGAGGGAAGAGGUUAUAUAGAAUCAGAGAGAUUAGUUUCAGCGAAAACGCAUUGCAGAGAUUGUGGUAUUGAAAGUGGUUUGAAGCAUCUCCUUUCCAUGACGUUCUGUGAUCGAGAUUUUUUUUUUGGCUACUCUUCCCGAGCUGUGAGGUUUGAUCUGUCCGAAUGUGAUUUCAGAAAUCCGCUCACUUCCCAGUGACACUCAGCGCUUUGAUCCAUUACUAAACAUUUUUUAAAGCGAAAAAGAUGCUGUCAUCGCUGGGAAAAGCACUGUGUCUUAUAUGUUUCAACGAGAGAGGACGGGGUAUAAAUAUCCACUGCUUUCGUCCCAUUAUUACCUUCCUUUCCUCCGUCUCCUGUCUCUCGCUGUAUUCGGAUUGAUUGUGUGUUAAGCCAUUUCCUUUCCGCUUUGUCUGUGUCUAUCCACCCGUCUCCAGAUUUCCCUGAUUGUUCUACAGUGUCCCGACUCACAUCUGUUUACGGUUAUACAUUUUCCAGCACGAUAUUGUUACCAGGUCUGCCUAAAACUUCAAAGCACCUCCGACUACAGUAAGAGAGGGGACAAAUUUAACGUAAUGUACUCGCCUAUUACUCAAACUCCCUCUCAAAUGUCGUCAUCUUAAUAGGGCUUUUUAAUUAUAAGAAAUCUUAUUAAAGAAGACUCGAGUUUCAAACGUUAAUUUUUAACUAUAAAUGCAUGGAGACGUGAUGACUGUUCUCUUUUGAUAUGUCGUGGGUUUAUGGAUUUAUCUUGUUUACUGUGUAAACAAGCACUGGAUUUAUUUUAUAUUAUGUACAGUGAGGAGUUGUACAUAGAAAAUUAACUAUAUAGAGUAUCUAGAAUAACAGCUGUGUGUACACAUGCGCAGGAUAAAUAUAUCUAUAUACUAUAAACUUGUGUCUUGGGAUGACAGCCUGAUGAUUGGGUGUUAAACAGCGAUCUUAGCCCUUGAUACCCUCUGAAAACCUGUUUGGUGUUUGGGUGAUUUAAAAGGAAAAGCGUUCUUUUUGAAACUAGACCCUCUCGGGUUCCGAGGGAUGUUGCUUGGGCUAAUUUGCACGCUGUUCCCAGACAAGGUUAUGUACGGUACGUUGAACUUGGUGCAUUAUUUUUGUUAUUUUAAGCGCCUUGACGUCAUUCUGCUCCCACCCCCCUCCACCACCACCACCCUAAGAUCAAUAACGUGCGGGGAUACAUAUAUUUGUUUCAGUCCCGAUAUUAUAAAAUCUCUCUCUCUCUCUACAAUUACGUUCUCCAGAAAAGCCCAUUUCUGGAACAUGGAGGUGGGCCACGAAUCCUUAGAAUCAAGCAGUACAGAUUUGAUUAUUACGCAAAAGCCGGGGGGCCGGCGCUUGCUUUGGCGGCACAAUUGAUCAGAGGACCUCUGUGCUAAACCAAGCUGCAUUUCAGUCACAAUACUAUAUUCCGGGCCCUCAAACUAGAUAAAACAAAUCCCAAGGGUAGGUUUACAGAUCUACUGGAAACUGCUGUGUUUAAAAAAGAGGUUUUAUUUUUCUGUUUGAUAUAAAUCUUUUAAUCGUCAUUUGCGAUCUGUCCGAGAAUCCCAACGUUCAAAAUAUAAAGGUAUUUACAGGAAGAUUAGUGCCUUUGGUUACCCAGAGAAUGGUGAGCAUCUGGAAUUUACUGUCUGGAGAUGUGAUAUAAUGUGACUCUUGACCUGUUUUUAAAACACCCAAUUGCACAUUGAAGAACCGUGGCCUGCAAAUUGGCACCUAAAGCAAGAAACAGAGUUUGGGCCGAUGGCACUUUUUUCGACUGGCAGGAACAUGGUGAACCCAAUAGCUUCCUAUUCUAUCCCUAAUUUUCCAGAAUUCCGCUUGACACCAAAGCUUUAAUUUUAGCAUAUCCAUUAACAGCGUAUCGAGUUCACAGGCCAUCGCAGGGAGGGAGAGGAUGAGCAUAUGAGGUCCCCAUAGUAGUCAUUUAUUCCUGCUUGGUUGCAGAGCACUACGAACGUAAGGUGCUUUGUCGCUUGGCUUUUUACAGUGGCAAAGGUUGGGGGCGGUGGAGAGAGGAGACAACUCCGAGCUCAGAACUGGAGCUUGGAUGUGCAAUGAUUAUGGAUCUUGUUCUCUGAACAGCGACUGCCCAGGUGCUGUGAAAUUUAUGCAAAUUAUAGUCAGCUGAUAUCUCACAUUCAGCCACACACACUCCUUAACCAUCGGUAUUAAUUUAUUGUAUUGUUUUCUUUUAACUGGAAUGUUCUGUAACAAAAAAAAAACAAAUCGUGGAAUCUGCACAUUACUAUUAAAGCGGUGUACCGAUGCUGAACAAGUUUAAGGACACUAAAGGGCGUACGCAUGUAUUUUUUAAGACCACUUUUGAUGAUGAAAAUAAAGCACUGAAUAUUAAACAAA